CUGUUGUGUCUUGUGCCGGAAGGCUUGCUCGGGUACAUUAUAGAGUUUAUUGACAAAGUGGAGUGAUUUAUGAAACAAUGGCAGAAGAAAAAAGUGACAGUCCAAGCGAUAAGUCAGAUCAGACGGAGGCUGUUGAGGAAAAGAAAAUAAAGCCUGAUGACAAGAAGCAAAAAUCUAAGCAGGAUGAAACAGCGGAGAAAACCAGCGUACAAAGUAACAACAAUGAAAGUAGCAAUUGUUAUUGCGGCAAAGAAAGGAAUCUGAACAUUGUUGAAUUGCUUUGCGCUAGCUGCUCUCGUUGGUUCCAUGAAUCCUGUAUUGGAUAUCAGUUGGGAAAACUGGUACCGUUUAUGGUGAACUAUAUAUUUGUAUGUAAGAAUUGUUCGCCGACUGGAUUGGAAAGCUUUAAGAAGACACAGGCACCAUUUCCUCAGAUGUGCGUGACAGCAAUCGCAAAUCUACUGCAGAUGUGUCAAAAAGAGAAUGGACAGAAAACUCUUUUCCACAAGGACAAAGAUAUCAUACCAUUUAUUGAUUGUCAUUGGGAGAGCAUGACUACAAUGCCUCGCAGAGCCACUCAGUCCUGGCAUGCUACGAUACAUAGAGCAUUGCUUAAAGACAUUGGGACGUUGUUUACGAUGGACGAGAGUACGUCUGAGGGUCAACUGUUUGGAUUGGCUAGCUCCGAACUCACGUCAAUUAAACCGAAUUAUGAACAAAUGAUCAAGAAUGGUCACCUUCGAGCAACAGAGAUGGGAAUACAGCAUGUUGUGCCACUUAGCGGAGGAUUGCGAGGUCGCAACGCCAAGCGAAAGCUCCCAGGUGAAGCAGCGGGCACGGGUUCUGGAAAAAAGGGUAGAGGAUCCGACAUGACCACCCCUAAACUGCCGGCUCAUGGUUAUCCGCUCGAGCAUCCCUUCAACAAGGAUGGUUACAGAUACAUUUUGGCAGAGCCAGAUCCACAUGCGCCUUUCCGACAGGAGUUCGACGAAAGCAGUGAUUGGGCUGGUAAACCUAUACCCGGCUGGCUCUAUCGCGCUCUUAGCCCGAGUACGGUCUUGCUUGCAUUGCACGAUCGUGCGCCGCAACUCAAAGUGGCUGAGGACAGAUUAGCGGUUACUGGAGAAAAAGGAUAUUGUAUGAUUAGAGCCACGCAUAAUGUAAGCAGGGGGACUUGGUAUUGGGAAGCCACUAUUGAAGAGAUGCCAGAGGGAUCUGCUACGAGACUCGGAUGGGGACAAGAAUAUGCAAACUUACAAGCUCCACUUGGCUAUGACAAAUUUGGUUACUCAUGGAGAUCCAGAAAAGGAACACGAUUUCACGAAAGCCGUGGCAAGCAUUACAGCGACAGUUAUGGUGAGGGUGAUACCUUGGGCUUCCUUAUAGUUCUCCCAGAUACACAUGAUGCAUCACACAUUCCGAAUACUUAUAAAGACAGACCUUUAGUAAAGUUCAAGAGCCACUUAUAUUACGAGGAAAAAGAUCAAGUACAGGAAACCUUAAAAGCUCUACGGCCUUUAGAUGGCAGCAAAAUUAUAUAUUACAAAAACGGAAUCAACCAAGGUGAUGCCUUUAUAGACAUCAACAAGGGCGCGUACUAUCCAGGGAUUUCAUUAUACAAGAGCGCGAUGGUUUCUGUGAAUUUUGGACCGAAUUUUAAAUAUCCUCCAACGGAUGUUACAUUUAGAGGCAUGCACGAGAAGGCGGAGGAAGCGAUAGCCGAGCAGUCAAUGGCGGACAUACUCUAUCUUACCGAAAAUGAAGGCAAAUUAAGACUGGAUACAUUCGUAUUGUGACAUUAGUGCAUCUUUUUAUUUUUGUCAUUUACGUUAUACAUUAUGCAGUUACGAUUGCAGGGAUGGACACAACAAUACAUGGAGCCAAAACAAAAAAAGAAAAUAAAUUAUGAGAAAUUUAAUUUCUAUUUAUGUGAAUAUGUGCAUACUUACUAAAAGCUCUGGUCUUUUUAGUAUAUAGUGAAAUAAAUUCAGAGAAAUGAUGAUGGAGAAAGCGUUAAAUAUCAUCAAUUAAAAUUUUGUGCUUCAUUGUAUUGUUGAACCAAAACCUUGCAACUAAUAAAAGAUCGAGUGCAACAAUAGUUGAGAAGACGAUUCAAAUAUUUUUUG